CACGAAUAGAUUUCUUCAUCCGGCGCAGGUCGCAUCGGCCGAUAGCCGUGGCACUAGUCCCGUGUUUGAGUCCAUGUUUCCAAAUGCCUUGGCCCCCGCGAAGCAUGUUCUGCAUCCCAGAGAAAGAAGAGUCGCUUCUGCUGCCGGGCAAGACCUCCGCUUGAGCCGUUCCAGGAUAAGUAGCAAUAGACCAGAAGCAGAACGACCCGGCGGGGAUGCAAACAAACACACCGAAGAACAUCACCUGCAGUUUUCUCGCGACCGGUCCAGUUUUUUUGCCCGCCACGCUCACCAUUCUGGAUUGACGAUGUUUGCGUCGCUAAAUCCGUUGAAAGUGCACGCCGUUCGCGAAGUGGAGCAAGUUUCCUUUUUGGUUCGGGUUGAUGCGGCGCAUGAAAAGAUGUCCUUGAACACGAUGCUGGAUCAACAAGGUGUGGGUGACGAGGAAGAUGACGACGAGGCGCCGAGAAAUCCAUCCGCAAAAGCGUUCGUCGCAGAAGGUUGGAUAGGAUUUUGCCUCGUGAACAAAUUUAGCAGGGAUGAUGUUGAAGAGAAAAUGAAUAUUACUUCGAAUUCUUCUACUAGUUGUGCAAGACCACGACGAUCCUCACCUGCAGCUGAGCCGCACCGGCUCGAAGACAUUUCCGUCCCUGUUUUCGUGGCGGAUCUUGGGGCUGAGUGCUGGCGUUGGAACACUGGCGAAAACUACAGUAAGCCAACAACCGCGUCGGAGCAAGCGAGCAGAAACAAGCGGUCCCAAGAUAAAUCCCGUCCAUCGACGAAGCCUUCUACUUUUUCGAAGGAACCGUGGAGCGACUACUUCGAGGGCGCGCAGAAGCCGGGUGAGGAUAUCGAUGCUGGUGUGAGCAUGCGAGUUGGCGACAUCCUCCAUCUGGAGAUCGAGGUGCAAACCGGCGUCAUCGCGGUCUUCCAAAACGACGAGGUCCUGGCGGUUUCCAGACCAGAGUUUAUCCCCGCAGAACUCCUCGCGGCGGUGAAGGAUCAGACACUUGCGGUUCAUGCGGUGUUCGACCUAAAGCACUCACUAAGCGACGACUUGUCUCUCAAUACCAUCGUCGGGCGACCGCUUUCGCUUUCCUACACAGACGCGUGCUUAAGAAGCUUGAAAAGAGAGAACUACACAACUGGAGGACAAGAAGGAGCAUCACAACCCGAUGAAGAUCUCCAUCUGGCUUCCUACUUCCCUAAACAGUUCUCCGAACUCGAGCUCCGCGGCUUUUACGACAAGGGAACGUUUCGCGGUCGUUACGUCCAGUACAGCGACGAUGUGCAACAGCCCCCGAUCUCCAUGUUUAAGUCCGCCCGGAGGCAGCGCGGGUUUUGUGGCGCUAUCGGCGAUAACCCGAUUCCAUUCUACUCUAGUUUGAAAGGUUUGUUUUUCGAGCUACGGGUCGACAAAGUCGGCCCGGACGCUCCGGAAGGAUUGACACUGGGCGUGACGACAAAAAGCCCGGAUGUCCUUCACGACCAAGAUGCUCUCUUUCCCGCCGUGAUUAGCGACGAAGUGUUUGACCCCUGUUGGUGCGUCGGGUUCUCCGGGAAAUUGUGGCAUAGCGGCAUUCUGCAGUGGAACGACUUCCCGCAGUGGCACCCCGGAUCGGAGGUUCGGAAAGGGGAUAGAGUUGGGCUCUUGGUUGUGGUGGAGGAAGUAACGGUGGAGGAGUUGGGGACGAUUUUACAAAUACAACUCCCAGGAGGCACCACCGCAGGAGUACGAAUGGAGCCAACGAGUAGCUCUUUCACUUUCAAAAACAACCAACACGUUCUCGAGCCGGGGCAGCUCUGUUUGAUUGUUAAUCGACGGAUAGUCGCCGUUGUGGCCUCGAACUUACCCAUCAACCGAGAUUUCUUUCCUUUAGUCGAUUUGCUCGGAAACUGUGAGGCGGUGACGCUCGUGACGGGAGGGCUAGAGGAUUUAUUCUCCGCUAGUCUUCAAAACGUUCAAGAUCAAACGACAGCAAGUUCACGCCAGGACGACCAGAAGUUGCUUGAGGCGGCGCGGGAAGAUGUGCUAUCCCAGCAGAAAGUGAAAGCACAAUCUUCUGGAAAUAAGAGAGGCAGUACGACCUCUGUUGCGAGCAAAACUUGGGUUUUGCCCCUCUCCAGAAAGCUGCAAAUCGAGCAAACUGUUGCUGUGCGCUACAUCGGGCCCCCAAGGUCCGCGGAUAGCAAGCUGAUGAAGAAAAAAUCUUCAGGCGCGCGCGAAGAUCACGAGUUGCAUCAAUCAGCAGCCACGAACCAACGCUGUCAUGUGAUGACUUACAGUCCCGCGGCAUUCGACAAAAAACGGAACGCCGUCGGUUUCGCGGUAAAAGUUGACGAAAUGAUGGACGACGGGUAUAAUUUUCAUUUUGUUUUUGUAUGCUUAGUUCUCGGCUUCGAUUUUUCCAACGUCGAACUGGUAUCUCUAUCUUCACAUUGUCGAUCAUGAUUUUCAUUUUUGAUUUUGUAGUUACCUCCGAAUCAACAUUACAUGGCAUUCGCGAACACGGACAAGUUGAACAAGUUCCAUCGAGCUAAAAGCUGCACUAGCAGACCACAUCACUCAGCCAGCAUUUAUUUCAAUCGCCAACACAUUUUUUUUACGCACAGUUUCCACCUGGACGGCUUGACCCUUGGUUUAGUCCAAGAAUCUCCGCAGCAGUACGUGAAACGGUCCACCAUCCCAGCGACUGCCGAUUUGCUGGAAAAUUUCACCGGCACUGGAUUCGAUGGUUGCAGUGUUUGCGCGAACGGGAAGUGGCACGACGACGCGGCGCAGUUCCAUCCCGCGGUGGACUUGAAGGAGGGGGAUAUUGUCGCUGUUUUUCUCGCUACAGACAGUGGCACGAAGUUCUUGUCCUGUGAGAUCAACGGGGAGGAGGUUCUGGUGCGACCGGCGUCGGCAGAGGAGGAGGAGGAAGGUGAGGAAAACCAAAAAGCAGGCACCAGUAAGAGCAAGUCAAAAAUAUCUUCCUCUUCGGCUUCCUCCGCCAGCAAAAGCAUUCUGAACGCAACCGCCACCCCCGACUAUUUCGGCGUGGCCGAGCUUCGCGGAGCGGUGACAAAAAUCUCCUUUUUGACACUUGCCCAAUACGAGAAGGAAGCGACGAAGAGAAGUGGUGGGACGAACAUGAAUUUGAAGCUGUCUGCGGUGGCGAAAGCGAAACGGGCCAAGGAGAAGGCAGAUAGCAGGUUUCGGCGCUUGAAGCACUGGGGAGUGCAGAAAGAUGUGGUGGAACUGCUGCAGGCGCGGGGGAUGGAUAUUCGAGCGAUGGACGAUCAAAAGCGACUGAGUAGGACGCUAAGCGCAGCAGGUAGGACGGUGAACAACAAAGAACAGCCGUUAUUGAGCGAUAGUGACAGUGUAAGUAAUUCACACGAUGAACACGCGGACGCUAACUCACGGGAAGUCGAUCUGGAUGACGUGCUUGCAGAGCACGCGGCUGAUAAGAAGCCUUUGUCGGUGCUGGAACAAGAGGACUCUGGAUCAUCUCCAUCAUCACGAGCAGAUCGGCCCUCGAGACAACAGGCUGGAUUGUUUUACUCCGAGCAGGGUUUGCUCAAUGACUCCGAGGGUAUCGACGAUGUAGAUAACGCGCAGCCCACCUCGUUGUCGUCCGCUUCGGAUGAUCGCAAAAAUCCGCGAGGACGCGCUGUUGAUGCUUCUGAAAAACUCAACAGGGACAGAGCAAGGCCACAGGAUCAUAGCGCAUCUUCAGUGUCAACAUCUUCCAGUGCUUUCAGCCCGUCCAGCAGAAGUAGCUCCUCCUCGUCAGCCAGCAGGUUGAGAUCGGCGACGAGAAGGCACAACGACGAACAGUGGGAGGGCCGUCAAGCAGGACCACCGCGACGCCCUGUCAACGAGAAGAACCGCUCGCACAGGACCAGAACGAGCAGCACGGACAGGAAUUAUGUGAGAAAUGCUUACGACUUGUCCCACUUUCUGCAAUUCGACGAGGAAAUUCCACCGGCGGGCGCAGCGCCAGUACUGGGCCAUCCGUACGGAGGUGGGAGCCGAGUCACGGAGCCGUUUUAUUCACCGGUUGCGCAAGAAGAAUCUUCGGGGAGAAGUCCUCUUCGCCGACGUCGUAAUGCCUCCGGGGAUCAACACCUUUCUGCUCCUGGUGCUCGAAAGCUCAAACUCCUGACAUCGCCAUACAUCGAGGAGCCGGCGGGCUUUGCUGGACGGGAAGAUGAAAGAGGAAGAGAAGUAGAUCUAGAUCAAGAGGCAUCCUUUUCCUCCUCUUGGACCGUGUCUGAGGAGUGAUUCUGCCACGACUCUAUGCAUUCAUGUAAUUCUAAUUGCUGACAAUAAUUCAUCUACUUUCAGACCUUUCAUCUGUAUAUUAUGCUGAUAAUGAUAAAUCUCACUAAAUCAAUUGCGAAGCAAAACUGCAAGCGCGAUUCAAGCAAGGUAUCUACUGGUAAAAACGUCCGUGCCACAAGAAUAUAUGUAUCCUCAAAAUGACAUCAAUAGGCUCGUCUGACAAGAAGAAUAUUGCGUUGUUUAGUAAUGGGUUGCACGCAAGAAGUUGUUGAAGUGAAAA